AUGACUGACAACAAUCUUGCCGGGCCUUCCAAUCAGGCUCUAUCCCAACCAAUCGAAGAUGGAUACUGGGAUCUUGCCAAGAAUCGCGACCAUCUUCAGAUGCGUGUGGAAGUCAAUGGACGGAUCCCCUUUCAACGCGUCCAUCUUUGGAGCGCAGGAGAAGAGCAAAAGACUGGCAGCGGCCGAAUGAAGACAUCAAAUGAACAAUACAAGCCGCCGACACAUGGACCUGCUGUAACCCCAUGUCCCAAGGCGCCCGCCGGGGCAGAGCUCGUCAGUGACCCAAAGGUCACCAAGGAAUACAUUGAGGUGGGAUUGGUCGCCGGAGACAACCCCAAAAAGUACUCAAACACAGAGACUUCUACCAUGAGUACUUCAACUAAAGGAAAGGGGAAGCAGAGAGACUCCGCCAUCCUUCGACGUGACGAAAACGCAUUGCGGGCUUAUAUUCCGGUCUCUGAAAAGCUGAAUCACCAAGCCAAAUUCUACGAGGACGUCGGCGGGGACAGAAGAAAUCGAGUCAAGGCUUUGAGUGAGAACUGUCGCAAGGCUGCGGCCCUCGACAAGACGAGCGAGACUCGCAUGACGGCCUCUCUUGUUUCCGGCCUCGUGGAGAAUAUUUCCACCGCUCACCCACUCGUGGUUACUCAACCAGAGCACCUUACGAGCAAGCUUGUGCUCACGUGGCAUACGUUCAUCAUGUCGGGGGCGAAAGACAAGUCUUUGAUCGAUAUGCUCUUGGCGACUGUGGAGGACAGCAGGGCGGAUCUGAAAUACGGACCCCAAACACGCACCGAUGGUGAGAGUGCGUUCUUCGACUUUAGCUGUGAGCUCACCCGGGCCCAGUCUGAUGAGCUACAUGAAGAAGUAGCACGAUUGAACUCGAAACUCCGCGGCAUCGACCCUGAACUCAUCAUGGCCGUUCACAAGGCUCUUCGUACCGACUUCGGCACUGAACUUGAAGGCGAGUGCCGCCUGGGGGAUAUACUACCCCGCAACGCCCUCCUAUUCUUUCUUGAAUCUUGCCUUGACCUCAUUCCGACUGAUGCACAUGAGGAUGCUGUCUUGAGGCAGGUCGGGGCGAUUUUGCCUUCAUGUGAGCGUUACAGUAACAACUGUCCUCGCACUCCGCUGCAGCAAGCGAUCGACAACAGGCCGACACUAUCCCAGCCAGUCACGCCCGAAAACUUCGCCACUACCCUCUUGGUCCUGAAGUCAUACCUACAGGCUUCGGUCACCCACGCAAACAGAUCUGUCGAGUCUGUUGCGGGUCAGCACGGAGCACUUCUCAAGCCCACAAGCAUGAAUGCUCUCAUGAAGAAGCUAGGAAAUGCGACCGAUGUCCCCAAUGCUACAUCCUUGUUUGAACAGUUGGCUUCACUUCACGCUGUUCAGUAUGGUAUUACUGCACGUGCCGCGGCCCAGUCGAACGAGAACAUCAUCGCACUCAUCGACAGAAUACUCUAUUCCAUCGCAUCCGGUAACCUGUGA